AAACAGGCAAAUCGAUUGACCAUAGUAACCUUUACCUUCAACUUCACCUCCAUCCCCAGUCACCUCAAACCCCACACCCAACUUCUUCGCGUGCAUCUCCAUGGCAGGCCCCAAGUCCAAACCCUCCGAACCCAUCUACUCCUACCACCCCGUACCUCCCCACCCAGAUGAUCCCCAACCCCCAAACUACGUCGUUUUGUCCCCCGCCGUCCUCCUCCCCCCACUCCGCCCCCGCCGCAGCCAGUGGCAAUGCCGUCUCACCUGCACCGCCGCCCUCCUCCUCCUCGCCGCCGCCGUGUACCUCCUCUGGCCGUCGGACCCCGACGUGAGCGUCGAGCGGCUGAGGCUCGACCAUUUGCGGAUCCACACCUGGCCUCACAUCGCCAUUGACAUCUCUUUGGCUCUCACCGUCAAGGUUCGCAACAAAGACUUCUACUCCAUCGACUACGAGAGCGUCAAGGUCUCGAUCGGCUACAGGGGAAAGCGGCUGGCCCACGUGCGCUCUGGCCACGGGCACGUGCCGGCCCUGGUGUCGUCAUUCGUCGACGCGAAGCUCGACUUCGACGGGAUUGAGGUGCUCUCUGAUGCGAUCUUCUUGCUUGAAGAUUUGGCUAAGGGUGUGAUCCCCUUCGAUACUGCGACGAAGGUUGAGGGUCAGAUUGGAUUUUUCUUCUUCCAGUUCCCUCUACAUGCAAAGUUAUCAUGUGAGGUAUUUGUGAGCACAAUCAAUCAGACAGUCCUACACCAAAAUUGUUACUCUGAGGUAAGACUUUGUUUGCUUUUGUUGUGAAUAAGGUGAGCUCUCUUGUGUAGAUCCAAGAAAUAAUGAUAUGCUUCAAAAAUUCUUUUGCAUUGUGACCUUAAAUAACCAUUGAUGGGCUGUUAUCCCCUAGCUUCCUAUCACAAAAUAUGUUCAGUUUGUAGGCAAUGAAUUUUUUAUUAUUGUUUUUAUGGAUUAGUGCAGACUGUUGAGUUAGGGGGUGGUUGACUGGUUGCAUACAUGCUCGCAAAUGCAUGAUAGAUUGCCUAAGAGCAGCACAUUGUUGAUAUUUUUAGGAUAAAGCAAGCACCAGAUCUGUUUCACACUUUAACUAAUUCAUGUUUUUGUGCUCAGUGACUGGCUUGUAUGCCAUGUUCAAGAACUUCAAGGUUCAAGGGAGCUGAUGGCUGCGUAGCUGAAGGGAGUUUGUGUCAGUGAAAUUUGUGUACAGGUUUGGAUCUGUAUAUAGUGAAAGGAUUACCAGCUGUAUUAUAUUUACAUAAUACCCAUGCCAAUAUAUGUAAUCUGUGUGAUAGGUCUUCUCGGAUUCAUUUAUUAUUUAUUACUAUUUAUUACCCCUUUUUUUUUCGGUGUGUUUUUGCAAAUAGCAUCUUCUACAUCAAACAAUUUUUAACAGUUGGCUGCAUAAGCUUGGACUAGCUGUUUUUGAGGUGUAAUGUAAUUGAUGCAUUUCAUUUUAAGAAUGUUGUUUGGACUUCUAA